AUGAACUUAAGAGAAUAUUUAAUCGUCGGAGCAAGAGGUCAAAUAAUGUUUGGAAACAAAACGUCAGAGGGAAAUCAACUGACCGAGUUACCUUGGCCUCCGUCGAAUCCAAAGCUGAACAAGCGACUUAUGGGUUGUCACAUAUGUCCGAAUUGCGAUCGGGUUUAUAGUUCUAAAGCUACUUUAACGAGGCAUUUAAGAGCCGAAUGCGGUAUAGGAAGUCGAAUUCAGUGUCCGUAUUGUCCGCACAAAGCCAAAAGAAGCGAUCACUUGCUUGUACAUAUAAAAAAAAUACACAAGGAAAUAACGAAUCAUUAA